AUGGGCCAAGACCUGUCCCCGCCACAGGGGAUCACAUCCCUGCUGGACACAGAUUUGUACAAGCUGACGAUGCAAUGCGCGGUCCUCAAAUACUUCCCGGAUGUUUACGUGACCUACGGCUACACGAAUCGGACCCCGCACAUGAAAUUGCAUCGCGGGGCAUACAAAUGGCUUCUGGAGCAGAUGGACAAAUUGGCCGUAAUUCGCGUCACUGCCGAAGAGCGUGAAUGGCUCCGCCAAAAGUGCCCCUACCUCAAUGACGCGUACCUCACCUUCCUAGAGACCUUCCAACUCAGACCCUCCGAGCAUAUCAAGAUCAAGUUCACUCCAGAACAAGAUACGGGCAGCGAUGACGAUGAAGGAAACGUGGAGUACAUCGUCGAGGGUCUCUGGCUCGACACGAUCUUGUAUGAAAUCCCGCUGCUGGCACUGACCAGUCAAGCAUAUUUCAUGUUCACCGACAAGGACUGGGACUACGAGAAUCAGGAAGAGAAGGCAUACAAGAAGGGCUGCACUUUGCUCCAGAAUGGAUGUAUGUUCUCUGAAUUCGGCUCGCGCCGUCGUCGCGACUACCAUACACAGGACCUGGUUAUGAAGGGACUCUGCCGUGCGGCAGAGGAGGGAAAGAAGCAGGGCUGGCCCGGUGUAAUGGCCGGAACUAGCAAUGUGCACUUUGCUAUGAAAUACAAUAAGGGUGCUGUCGGAACCGUGGCACACGAAUGGUACAUGACCAUUGCGGCUAUCACGGACGACUACCAGAAUGCCAAUGAGUUGGCAUUGAGUUACUGGCUUGGUUGUUUCGGAGAGGGGGUUCUUGGAAUCGCUCUCACUGACACCUUUGGUACCCCGGCUUUCCUGGAUGCGUUCAGCAAGCCCAUUUCAGCACCAAACCAAAAUGGUGAUAUUAAACCGAACACGAUAACCUACGCUCAGAGCUACGCCGGUGUCCGCCAAGAUUCAGGUGACCCAGCGUUCUUUGUCAAGCUGGUCCGGGACUUCUACGAUAGCCAGGGUAUUACCGACACCAAGACAGUGGUGUUCUCAGAUUCGCUGGAUAUCGAGCAUUGCCUGGAAUACAAAGCAAUUGCCGAAAAGGCAGGCUUUAACCCUACCUUUGGAGUGGGAACAUUCUUUACCAAUGAUUUUAUCACCAAAUCAACCGGACAGAAAUCAAAGCCCCUCAACAUCGUUAUCAAGAUCGCCACCGCGAACGGCAGUCCCGCUGUCAAGCUUAGCGAUAACUUGGGCAAAAACAUGGGCGAUUCUGCCAAGGUCCAGGAAGUCAAGAAGAGGCUGGGCUACGUCGAGCAUGAGUGGGAAGAGGGUGACGAGAGUCGCCGGUGGACGAAGCAGGCAUAG